AUGGCUGCCAUGGCUGCGGUGUCGUCAAGCGUGUCUCCGCCAAAGGCGCCGGUACUUCCAUCGCCAGCUCGCUUCCAGACGACAUUUGCUAAAACCUCGUUUUUAAAAGAGGCGCGCCAAGUUGUGCUGAACGUUUACUACAAGCUCCGUUGUGGAAAUAACUCGUUCAGUCGAGUCCUGAUGGCACGCCGUUGGUAUCUUCGCCCAAGCGAAAAGGAAAGAGAGGUUGCUCAGCAGAAUGACAAGUUCCCCAAGAUCAGCCGCACAACGCUGUGGAGAGCUCUGGUGGAUCUGGGAUUCACUUUCGUCAAGCGCAACAGGGACUCGUUGUUGAUGGAGCGCACAGACCUGGUGCUCUGGCGUGCCACCUACCUCCGGGCAAUCAGGAAGCAUCGCCUGCAUGACAAGACCAUCUACUACCUAGAUGAGACCUGGGUCAACGCUGGCCACACAAGGUCUAAGGUGUGGAAGGACACUACCGUGAAGACACCAAGAGAUGCAUUCAACAAGGGCCUCACAGUUGGGCUGAAGAAUCCUUCCGGCAAGGGAGAAAGACUUAUUGUGGUCCAUGCAGGAAGCAGCGAGGGCUUUGUUGACGGUGCUGCAGAAGUUUUUCGUGCAAAAACGGGCAGCGGCGACUACCAUGAGGAGAUGGACGGCGCACGUUUCGAGGAGUGUUUUACCGAGAAAUUGUUGCCGAACUUGAAACCGAAUAGUGUAAUUUUCAUGGACAAUGCGUCUUACCAUGCGGUCAGGCUGCACACUCUUCCAAGCUCUCGCACAAGAAAAGGAGCAAUCCAGUAA